UGAUGACGUGCAGUGUUUGGUGAGACACACUCACUUCUGGGCUAUUGGCCGCCGCGGCAGGGGAUGGCGGACGCGGCGGCUGUCAGCGGAGAAGACAAGGAGGAGGAUGGAGGGCGAAAGACGGCGAGCAGCACCGCGGGCCCGGCGGAGACCCUGGGCUUCUAUGAGCCGAGCGGCGGCGGCAGCAACAGCAGGCGGCCGGAGGGGAAGAAGCGCAACCUGUCAGAUCUCUCGUUAUUUAGGUUCAUUAGUGCAGAACUCACCCGGGGUUAUUUCCUGGAACAUAAUGAAGCAAAGUACAAGGAAAGGCGAGAGAGGGUAUAUACCUGCCUACGAAUACCCUGGGAGCUGGAGAAGCUGAUGUUCUUUGGGUUUUUCCUGUGCCUGGACGCCUUCCUCUAUGUCUUUACUCUUCUCCCAUUGAGGGUUCUUCUGGCCUUCAUCAGGCUCAUUACUCUGCCAUGCUGUGGGUUAAGUGGCGGUCGUAUUCUGCAGCCUGCGCAGGUCUGUGACAUGAUGAAGGGGGUGAUACUAGUCAUAUGCUAUUUUAUGAUGCACUAUGUGGACUACUCCAUGAUGUACCACCUGAUCCGAGGACAGUCCGUCAUCAAGCUUUACAUUAUCUAUAACAUGCUGGAGGUUGCUGAUCGUCUGUUUUCCUCCUUUGGACAAGACAUUUUGGAUGCUUUGUACUGGACAGCUACAGAACCCAAGGAGCGGAAAAGAGCCCACCUGGGUGUCAUCCCUCACUUCUUCAUGGCCGUCUUGUAUGUCUUCUUACAUGCCAUCCUUAUAUUGGUUCAAGCGACCACCUUGAAUGUUGCCUUCAACUCCCACAACAAGUCCCUUCUCACCAUCAUGAUGUCUAAUAAUUUUGUUGAAAUAAAAGGGAGCGUGUUCAAGAAGUUUGAGAAGAACAAUCUGUUCCAAAUGUCCAACAGCGAUAUCAAAGAGCGAUUCACCAAUUAUGUGCUACUACUGAUCGUAUGCUUGAGGAACAUGGAGCAGUUCUCCUGGAAUCCAGAUCACCUGUGGGUCCUAUUCCCUGACGUGUGCAUGGUCAUUGCUUCUGAGAUUGCAGUGGACGGCGUGAAACACGCCUUCAUAACUAAAUUCAAUGACAUCACUGCAGAUGUGUACAGUGAAUACAGAGCCAGCCUUGCCUUUGAACUUGUGAGCAGCCGUCAAAAAAAUGCUUACACUGACUACAGCGACUCUGUCUCCCGGCGGAUGGGAUUCAUUCCUCUCCCGCUUGCCGUGCUUCUGAUCAGAGUGGUGACCAGUUCAGUGAAGGUGCAGGGAGUCCUGGCCUACGCCUGCGUUGUGCUCUUCUACCUUGGGCUGAUAACACUGAAGGUUCUUAAUAGCAUUAUACUGCUUGGAAAGUCCUGUCAGUAUGUCAAAGAUGCCAAAAUGGAGGAGAAGUUAUUUCAGCCACCACCCACAUGUACUCCAGGGAAAACGCAGAAGAAAGCCUCCGCCAAAUCAAAUCAAGGAACUCCUACAGAUGACUGUUUUAGCGAUUCAGUCACCAGCCAGCCUGCCCGCCAGAACUCCACCGCUCCACUUCUUGUUGAAAGCAGCUCCGACCAGUUCCUGACCACCCCAGACGGAGAGGAGAAGGACAUUACACAGGCCAACCCAGAGCUCAAACACCGAUCAUCUAACAAGGAUCUGCUGGACAUUGACCGCUUCACUAUCUGCGGGAACAGAAUUGACUAGUCCGACUUCUGGAAGAGAAGAACUCGCACUUAAAUAUUUAUUUUUCUUUAAGUUAUUUCCACAGGUAAAGUCUAUUCUCCUUUCACUGGAAACCUGCUCUGGCGCAGGCUCAUGGAGGUGAUAUAGCGUUCCUAUGGACUAGAAAUUGGAAGGACUCUGCUUGGCUAAAGCUGAGCUCUGUACAUGAUCCUUGAUUUUUAGUUUAGAAAACAUUGGACAGUCUUGAGACAAAAUUCUCCUCCGUCAUUGCCACUUAUCGUCAUACAGGUUAGUUCACUAGGCCAAGAUCAAAUGCCUUAAAUUUUUCAGGGUGGAAACAAGUUCCUUCACCCCUGUGUCAUAAGGUUACUUGGAGCCCUCCGACCUGCUCACCUGUAUGUAGAUUAUGUUUGGAUUUUAGAAGCCUUCACAUAGAAGCCUUUUCUUUUUUUUGUACAUAGCUAUAAAUAGAUAGUUAUUUUCCAGAAUUAAAGCAGAAUAAUGUAUUUUAACAGGUACUAUUAAACCAACAAAUCUCA